AAAAAAAAACAAAGAAAUUGGAGGAAGAGAUCUAUUUAAAGAUUCAGAACAUCAUGGUAUUAUUUCACUGGAAGAAGCCAUAGAAAAGCUCUCAAGUCUCACUACAACAAUGUUGUUACUCUUUUGUGUUCUAGCUCUCCCUGUUAUUUUCUUCUUUGUUCUUCCUAAGUACAGAAAAAAUAACGAACUGCUUCGUCCUCCAGGUCCUUCGGGACUACCUUUCCUCGGAAACUUACACCAGAUCGAUAACUUAGCCCCCCAUAAAUACCUAUGGCAACUUUCCAAGAAAUACGGCCCUCUCAUGUCCUUGCGUCUUGGUUUUGUACCAACGCUCGUAGUUUCAUCAGCAAGAAUGGCAAAAGAGGUCUUGAAAACCCAUGACCUCGCAUUUUCUAGCAGGCCUGCCUUGGUUGGUCAGCAAAAACUGUCUUAUAAUGGCCUAGACAUGGUUUUUGCACCCUACACUGACUACUGGAAAGAGAUCAGAAAAAUUUGUAUUAUCAAUCUCUUUAGUUCUAAAAGAGUACAAUCCUUUCGUCCCAUUCGCGACGAUGAAGUUGGUCGAAUGAUCAAGAAAAUAUCUCAACAAGCUACUUCAUCUAAGCUGACAAAUUUGAGUGACAUAGUAAUGUCUCUCACAAGUGCUACUAUCUGUAGAGUUGCUUUUGGUAAAAGGUAUGAUGAUGAAGGGGCUGAGAGGAGUAGAUUUCAUAGACUACUUAAUGAAACUCAGGCCAUGUUUGGAAUCCUCUUUGUAUCAGACCAUUUUCCAAUCUUUGGUUGGAUUGAUAAACUCACUGGAUUAAGUUCUCGGCUUGAGCAGAAUUUUACAGAAAUGGAUGCGUUCUACCAACAACUUAUCGAUGAUCAUCUAGAUCAAAAGAAGACAAAAGGUACUCAAGAGGACUUCAUCGACAUUCUGCUUCAACUGAAAGAAGAUCAAUUGUGUUCCAUUGAUCUCAAUUUCGACCACAUUAAAGCCGUUCUCAUGAAUAUGUUGGUUGCUGGAUCGGACACAGGUGCAGCCACUCUAGUCUGGGCUAUGAUUGGACUGAUGAAAAACCCUAGAGUGAUGAAGAAAGUGCAAGAAGAAAUUAGAAAGUUGGUUGUAAAAAAAGGUAAAGUAGAUGAAGAUGAUCUUCAAAACCUUCCUUAUCUCAAGGCAGUGGUCAAAGAAACAAUGAGAUUAUACUCAACUGUUCCACUUCUAGUUCCUCGAGAAACUACUCAGAAAUGCAUUAUAAAUGGGUAUGAAAUCCAACCCAAAACCCUAGUUUAUGUGAAUGCAUGGGCCAUUGGAAGAGACCCUGAAGCUUGGAAAAACCCAGAUGAGUUCUUGCCUGAAAGAUUUUUGGACAGUGAUAUUGAUUUUAAAGGACAACAUUUUGAGUUAAUUCCUUUUGGAGCUGGUCGGAGAAUCUGUCCUGCAAUACACAUGGGUUCUAUACUAGUUGAGCAUGCACUUGCUAAUUUACUCUACUCAUUUGAUUGGGAACUACCUGCUGGGAUGAAGAAGGAAGAUAUAGACACUGAUGUGAUACCUGGUAUAACAAUGCACAAGAAAAAUGCUCUUUGCCUGCAGGCAAAACAUUAUGAUGGACAAACAUAAGAUUAAUCAAGGUGGCCAGUCAGAACAAAACUGCAUUAGAAACCUUUGACCAAACAAAAGACAAUGAAAUCAUUUCUUUAUUUUUAUCCCUUGUGUGUGUGUGUGUGUGUGUGAUGCCUAUCUUCUCAAAAGAUUUGUUUAGAUGUAUUUUUUGUGA